AUAAUUAAAUUACUCCAUAAUAUUUUUAGAGUGCAUUAGGAGAGGGUAUGAUUGCUGCCGGAGCUCGCCUCUCAGUAUUGGAACUAAGUGAUAAUGCUUUCGGACCUAUUGGCGUUCAAGGACUGGCAAAAUUAUUACAAAGUGAUGUUUGCUCGCAGCUGCAGGAACUACGAUUAAAUAACAAUGGACUAGGUAUAACUGGAGGUCGUUUACUCGCAGAGGCUUUGUCAGUUCAUCCUCGUAAGCUAAAAGUGUUCAUAGCUGGAAGGAAUAGAUUGGAAAAUGAUGGGGCGACUGCGUUAGCUAGAGUUUUUCAGGGUAUGGGAACAUUAGAAGAGAUAGCGAUGCCACAAAAUGGUAUUUACCACAAAGGUGUGUCAGCACUCUCGGAGGCAUUCAAAAAUAAUCCCAAUUUGAGCUGUUUGAAUUUAAACGAUAAUACUAUUGGAUCUAAAGGAGCUGAGGCGAUCGCUUCUGCUCUGCCUGGGUUAAAAAAAUUAAAAUCAAUCAACUUUGGAGAUUGUUUACUAAAGAGUAAAGGUGCUAAAGCACUCGCGAAAGCUUUCAAAGAUAAUUCUAUGUUAUUGGAGUCAGUAGACCUAAGCCACAAUGAGAUAGGACGCGAAGCUUGUAUGGAGGUGGUAGAUGCUGUGACAUCACUACCUGAUUCUACCGAUAGACUGUCCAGAGUCGUGCUGGCGGGUAACAGUCUUGGAGAUUCAACAAAUAAGAAGACGAUGAAGGAUAAAUUGGGUCCCUCCGCUGAACUGAGUGACGGAGAAGGUAGUGAUGAAGAAUAUCUAUCAGGUGAGGGUUCCGAAGGUGAAUCCGAGGGUUCAGAUGAGGUUUCAGAAGACAGCGCCCCAGAAGAUGCACAGCAUAUCAAUACUGUGGUUGAAUUAAGUAGAGAAAUCAACUUGGAUAGCUCCGGUAUAGAAGAAGUGAAAUCCGAUGUAGAGAUAUUUUUAAAAUCACCAACAAUAGAUAAUUUAAUCCGAUUAGGAAGUAAUGCGGCUGAAGUUAUCGAUACACAUUUACAGGUGAUCAAAGAGCCAUCAGAGCUGAUCACCGCGUACGUGGAGGCCACCUUCUCCGUGUCAGGGUUGUCGGAGGAGAGCCAGCUGGCGCAGCAGGUGGCGCUGCAGCUGUACCCGGUGAUGCUGAAGCGGGCCGCGCAGCAGCACGCGUCCGCCUGGCUGCUGGCGAACACCAUGCUGAGGGGGCUGGGCUUGAUCAAGUCUGAAAACAAACAAUACAGGAUACGUUGGAAGACGUCGGGUUGUUACCGUGUACUCGCGCUCGUUGUCCCCUCCCCUUCCUUCCCUGUCCCUCUCAGAGAUACCUUAAAAUUCUUUAUAGCGAGCAAACUGACCACUCUCGCUGACAGGACUAUAGUCGAACAACACCCACAGUUGUACACUUAAACUUAACUUUAAACGAGAAAUUAUAA